UUUUUUUUUUUUUUUUCCGACUGACACACUUUGUAACAAUGGGUCGCAAGCGAAGGGCAGAGGACGAUGAAGACGAGCGCGAAACGUACAAGGUAGAGCACUCGGACGACGACGAGGACGACGACGACGACGACGACCACGACGAUGAUGACAACGAGAACGACGACGAUGAUGAUGACGACGACGACGAUGGCGGUGCGCUGCCGAGAGCCGCGCGCAAGCUGGACGCAGCAGAGGUCGACGACGGCGCCAACGACGAGCUGCUGCACGACAAGCCAGACAUGCAUGGCACGGGCGGGCUGACCAUCGCACACGACUUUGGAACCCUGCCACUCAAGCCGGAUCACAUGUCGCGGCCGCUGUGGGUUUCGCCGGACGGCCACUUGUUUUUGGAGACGUUUUCGCCAAUCUACAAGCUGGCCACAGACUUUCUCAUUGCCAUCUCCGAGCCAGUGUGCAGACCGCACCUCAUCCACGAGUACCGCCUCACGCCGUACUCGCUGUAUGCCGCGGUCUCGGUUGGGCUGGAGACGGAGAACAUUAUCGACGUGCUUGGCCGUCUGUCCAAGAAUGCCAUUCCCGCAGAGAUUUGCGACUUUAUUCGCGACUGCACCAUCUCGUACGGCAAGGUCAAGCUGGUGCUCAAGCACAACAAGUAUUUUAUCGAGAGCUCUUACCCGCAGGCACUCGAGAAGAUUAUGGACGACGAGGUCAUUGCUCAGGCACGCAUGCCGACCGACAGCUUCUCGUCUGGAUUCUCCAUCUCUGAUGCGCCCACCGAGGGCAUCUCGUUCGCAGCGAUGGCCGCCCCCGACGAGGCGAAUGGCGGCGCACGGGCGGCAGGCUCAUCCUCCGCCGCGCCGAACGCCUCAGCCGGCUCUUUUCUCGAGCAGAUGAAUCGCGCGGAAGACGAAGCCGAGCUCCGUGAGGAGGUGGUCGAGCACGAAAGCGAAGAGCUCGCCGAGGUGCGACUCUUGCUGGAAUCGACCGCGGUCGGCGGGCGCGGGCCAGUCCCUUCGUCGUCGUCGCUGCCGAAUCGCAAUCCCAACUCCAUGGAUACUCGCGCAGAUGGCCAUCCAACCGUCAAGCAAAGCAGCAGCGGCGACAGUGGUGAGGGCACACCGCAACAACAACAACAGCAACAACAACAACAACAACAACAACAGCAGCAGCAAGAAGCCGCGAUGGACGCUGGCAGCCACGACAGCAAUGGCAUCACUUUCGACGACGCUGCUGCCACCGAGAACGAGAACGAGAACGACGCGGAUGGCUUUGCAGACGCGGUCGCGCUUCCAGUGGGAGGCCCCAAAAAGGUCAUGUCUGUGGAAAUUAUCAAAACCAUGGUCGAAACAGUCAAAAAGCGGUGCAUUGGCGCACUCGAUUACCCACUCCUUGAAGAGUACGACUUUCGAAACGACACGGUCAAUCCGAACCUGGACCUCGACCUCAAGCCGAUUGCGACUCUCCGUCCGUACCAAGAAAAGAGCCUCAACAAGAUGUUUGGCAACGGACGAGCGCGAUCGGGCGUGAUUGUCUUGCCGUGCGGCGCCGGCAAAACGCUGGUCGGCGUGACUGCCACUUGCACUGUGAAAAAGCGCACGCUUGUGCUGUGUACCUCUGGCGUUGCUGUCGAGCAAUGGGCGCGACAGUAUCAAAUGUGGUCGACCAUCCAUCCCGACCGGAUUGCGCGCUUCACGUCCGACUCGAAAGACCCGCCCCAGGACUGCGGCAUUGUCAUUAGCACCUAUUCGAUGGUGGCCUUCUCGGGCAAACGCUCAGCCGAGUCGGAAGUCAUCAUGCAGUUCAUGCAAAACACCGAGUGGGGUUUGGUGGUCUUGGAUGAGGUGCACGUCGUGCCUGCAGACAUGUUCCGCAAGGUUCUCAUGACCGUGUCGGCGCACUGCAAGCUCGGCCUCACGGCCACGCUCGUUCGCGAGGACGACAAGAUUACGGAUCUCAACUUUCUCAUUGGCCCCAAGCUGUACGAGGCGAAUUGGAUGGAUUUGCAAAAGCGUGGCUUUAUCGCGCGCGUUUCUUGCGCCGAGGUCUGGUGCCCCAUGUCGCCAGAGUUUUACAAGGUGUAUCUUGAGACGCGAACGCGCAAGCGGCAGCUUCUCGAGUGCAUGAAUCCGUUAAAGUUUCAGACGUGCCAAUUCCUCAUUCGCUACCACGAAAAGCGCGGUGAUAAAAUCAUCGUGUUUAGUGAUAACGUGUUUGCUCUCAAGGUGUACGCGACCAAGAUGGGCAAGCCAUUCAUUUAUGGUCAGACGGGCCAGACGGAGCGCAUGCGCGUCCUGCAGCACUUCCAACACAAUGCCGGUCUGAGCACCAUCUUUAUCUCAAAGGUCGGCGACAACUCGUUCGAUCUACCAGAGGCGAAUGUCCUGAUUCAAAUUUCGGCACACUACGGCUCGCGUCGACAGGAGGCCCAGCGUCUCGGCCGCAUUUUGCGUGCCAAGAAGGGCUCGCUCGCGGAGGAGUACAAUGCCUUCUUUUACUCGUUGGUCUCGCAAGACACGUCGGAAAUGUACUACUCUGGAAAGCGCCAGCAGUUCUUGGUGGACCAGGGCUACACGUUCAAAGUCAUUACGAAACUGGAGGGCAUGGAGGACAUUCCCGAUCUCGCCUACCGCAGCAAGACCGACCAGCUGGAUUUGCUCACGACCGUCAUCCAGGCCAACGACGCGGACGCCGAGGACGAGAAGCUUGGCGGUGAUGAUUUGCUGACGGGCGGAGAAGCGCGCAGUGCUGCCGGGGCGUCUGGCAAGAAGUCACGCAAAGCAGCAACGCGGCGGAUUGGCAGCAUGCAGUCGCUUUCGGGUGCUGACGGUAUGGCCUACAUGGAGACUUCUGUCGCCAAGAAGAAGCCACGCCUCGAUCUUCGCCAAGAAAUUCUCAGAAAGUACAGUCGUCGCUAAAACAGAGAGAGAAACAAAAAAAGGUGGUGUGAUUUGCCGCUUGCAAUCCGCUUGCAAUUGUUGAAACACGCAAGGAUGGCCCGUCAUCCAAAUAAAUAGAGAGUUACAAUGAAAUA